GCAACCCGCCAGAAAAACUAAAAGAAGAAGAAGUAGCACAAGGAGGCGCUGUUGCACCAACAAGAUCGCAGUCUGCUUCCCGGCCUGUCGCCUUUGCAGCACAGAAAGAUAAACUAACGUACACAAUUUGAUAAUUUCUGAGCUGAAACCUUCUAAACCGUCAAGAGAAGAGGUGGCCUCUUCUGUGCCAUGGCGGACAUCAAGAACUUCCUGUAUGCUUGGUGCGGGAAGAAUAAGUUAACCCCAAACUACGACAUCCGAGCUGCAGGCAACAAAAACAGAUUCCUGUGUGAAGUGCGAGUGGAUGGCUACAACUACACGGGCAUGGGCAACUCCACCAACAAGAAGGACGCCCAGACCAACGCAGCACGGGACUUUGUCAACUACCUUGUUCGAGCUGGAAAGAUGAACGCGGCUGAGGUGCCGGCUCUGGGCCAGGUGAGCGUGGUUGAUAGUGUGGGCGGUCCAGAUGGCCAGCAGUCUGAGGGAGGAAACAAUGUCCCGUUGGGAAAUCUGCCGUCCGGUGGUCCUCUGCCUCCUCACCUGGUAGUGAAGGCAGAACAAGAUGCAGCCAGCACUCCAUUCACACAUGGAACUAUGGUUCCAGAUGGGACUGGACUGGGCAACUCUGGAGGAGGUGCUGAUUGGGAGCGAGGUGCCAACUUGAAGGAAUACUACGCCAAGCGAGAUGAACAGGAAGCUCAGGCGACUUUGGAGUCAGAAGAGGUGGACCUGAACGCUGGUCUCCAUGGUAACUGGACACUGGAGAAUGCCAAGGCCCGUCUGAACCAGUUCUUCCAGAAGGAGAAAACCAGCGCUGAGUAUAAAUACAGCCAAGUUGGGCCGGACCACAACAGGAGCUUCAUCGCUGAGAUGCAGCUUUUCGUCAGGCAUCUGGGUCGACGUGUGACCGCUCGAGAGCAUGGCUCCAACAAGAAGCUGGCAGCCCAGUCCUGUGCCCUGUCUCUGGUGCGCCAGUUGUACCACCUGGGAGUGAUUGAGGCCUAUUCUGGAGUCACCAAGAAGAAGGAAGGAGAAACUCUGGAUGUCUUUGACGUGAUUGUGACGCCCGACCUUCAGCUGCAGCUGAGCGGGGUCGUCCAGGAGCUCGGAGUCGAGAUCCCGCCACCUCCUGCAAACCCAGAUACCCCGGUGUCUCUGAUUCCAAUGAAGAUGGCGACAUUUGAGCCCUCUCAGCGGCAGAGCGCCGCCGGUGUGGUGCCGUGGUCGCCCCCGCAAGUCAACUGGAAUCCGUGGACCAGCAGCAACAUCGAUGACGGGCCACUGGCCUUUAUCACUCCGGAGCAGAUCAGCAAAGACCUUCAUGACGAACUGAUGUAUCAGCUGGAACACGACGACAACCUGCAGAAGAUGCUGAUGGAUCGCGACCAGCUGCCUGUCAAACAGUUUGAAGAUGAGAUCAUGGAAACGUUAGACAACAACCCGGUGGUGAUCAUCAGAGGAGCGACGGGCUGCGGCAAGACCACACAGGUCCCUCAAUACAUCCUUGACCGCUUCAUCAAGUCAGGCCGAGCUUCCGACUGCAACAUCGUGGUCACCCAGCCCAGACGCAUCAGCGCUGUGUCCGUGGCUGAGCGUGUGGCUGUGGAGAGAGGAGAAGAUCUGGGAAAGAGCUGUGGCUACAGCGUCCGCUUCGAGUCUAUCCUCCCUCGGCCUCACGGCAGCAUCCUCUUCUGCACCGUUGGUGUGCUCCUGCGGAAACUUGAGGCGGGAAUCCGAGGCAUCAGUCACGUCAUUGUGGAUGAAAUCCACGAGAGAGACAUCAACACGGACUUCCUGAUGGUGGUCCUCAGAGAUGUAGUUCAGGCUUUUCCAGAAGUACGCAUCCUCCUCAUGUCCGCCACCAUCGACACCAGUAUGUUCCGAGAGUACUUUUUCAACUGUCCAAUCAUUGAGGUUUUUGGACGCACCUUCUCCGUCCAAGAGUAUUUCCUGGAGGAUAGCAUCCAGAUGACCAACUUCAUCCCCCCCCCGCCUGACCGCAAGAAGAAGGACAGAGAUGAGGAAGGAGGAAAGGACGAGGACACCAACUGUAACCUGAUCUGUGGGUCUGACUACUCGCCGGAGACCAAGCGCUCGAUGGCGCUGAUGAAUGAGAAGGAGAUGUCCUUUGAGCUGGUCGAAGCUCUUCUCAAGUACAUAGAGACUUUGCAGGUGUCAGGCGCUGUGCUCAUCUUCCUUCCUGGCUGGAACCUCAUCCAUGCCAUGCAGCGCCACCUAGAAUGCAAUCCCCACUUUGGGAGUAGCCGGUACCGGGUCCUCCCGCUUCACUCGCAGAUCCCUCGAGAAGAACAGAGGCUGGUUUUUGAUCCCGUCCCUGACAACAUACGCAAGGUGAUCUUGUCCACCAACAUCGCAGAGACCAGCAUCACCAUCAAUGAUGUGGUCUACGUCAUCGACUCCUGCAAACAGAAAGUGAAGCUGUUCACAUCGCACAACAACAUGACCAACUACGCCACCGUCUGGGCCUCCAAGACCAACCUGGAGCAGAGGAAAGGCCGUGCGGGCAGAGUUCGAGCCGGGUUCUGCUUCCAUCUCUGCAGUCAAGCACGAUUUGAACGACUGGACACUCACAUGACUCCUGAGAUUUUUCGGACGCCGCUACAUGAAGUGUCUUUGAGUAUCAAGCUGCUGAGGCUUGGCGCCAUCGGACACUUCCUGUCUAAAGCCAUCGAGCCGCCGCCACUGGACGCGGUCAUUGAGGCAGAACACACUCUUAGAGAACUGGACGCGCUGGACACGAACGACGAACUGACUCCGCUCGGCCGCAUCCUGGCCCGGCUGCCCAUCGAGCCUCGUCUGGGGAAGAUGAUAAUCAUGGGCUGCAUUUUCCAUGUCGGCGACGCCAUGUGCACCAUCUCGGCCGCUUCCUGCUUCCCGGAACCCUUCAUCAACGAGGGAAAGCGUUUGGGCUUCGUCCACAGGAACUUUGCAGGCACCCGCUUCUCGGACCACGUGGCACUGUUGUCUGUUUUUCAGGCGUGGGACGACGUCAGGAUAAACGGCGAGGAAGCCGAGGGUCGUUUCUGUGAACACAAACGUCUCAACAUGGCCACCCUGAGGAUGACCUGGGAAGCAAAAGUCCAGCUGAAGGACAUCUUGGUCAACGCUGGAUUUCCUGAAGGGAGUCUGAUGACCCAGAUGUUCAACCCUGUUGGACCAGACAACAAUUUGGACCUGGUGGUGUCCCUGCUGACAUACGGCGCCUAUCCUAAUGUUUGCUUCCACAAGGAAAAGCGCAAGAUCCUGACCACCGAAGGCCGCAACGCCCUCAUCCACAAGUCAUCUGUCAACUGCCCUUUCAGUAACCAUGACAUGACCUACCCGUCGCCGUUCUUUGUCUUCAGCGAGAAGAUUCGGACACGAGCGAUCUCGGCCAAAGGGAUGACGCUCGUCAGCCCUCUGCAGCUGUUGCUGUUUGCCUGCAAGAAGGUCACCUCCGACGGCGAUGUGGUGGAGCUGGACGACUGGAUCAAGCUGAGAAUCCCUCAUGAGUCGGCGGGCCACAUCCUGGCUCUAAGGGCUGCGUUGGAGGCUCUGGUGGUGGAAGUGACCAAAGAUCCCGACUACAUCUCUCAGUUGGAUCAGACCAACCAGCGCCUGCUCAACCUCAUCCGACACAUCUCCAAACCCAGCGCUGCCGGAAUCAACUUAGUAGCCGGCAACCAGAGGAUGGGGGACGGCCCUCGUCCGCCCAAAAUGGGCCGUUUUGAUGGAGGGGGCGGAAGAGGCAAUCAGGGAGGUGGUGGCUACAGAGGGGGUGGCGGCUACAGAGGAGGUGGCGGCUACAGAGGGGGCGGCGGCUACAGAGGGGGCGGCGGUGGCGGUUACAGAGGGGGCGGCGGUGGCGGCUAUGGAGGCGGGGGUAAUUAUGGCGGAGGAGGUGGUUACAGGGGAGGUGGUUAUGGAGGGGGUGGGUACGGCGCAGGUAGGGGCGGUCCUCGAGGAGGCUACAGAGGUUAUUAA